AUGGCGCGCGUCUCCAAUGCCAAGAAGCGGCAGGGCGCCAAGCCCGCCGCCUCCGCGGGCCUCAGCGGCGGCACCAACACCAGCACCGGCACCGCCGCCACCAAGAGGAAGGCCGAGGACGACCGCCCCGUGCGCGUCUACGCCGACGGCAUCUUCGAUCUCUUCCACUUCGGCCACGCCCGCGCCCUCGAGCAGGCCAAGAUGCUGUUCCCCAACACCUAUCUCCUCGUCGGAUGCUGCAACGACGAGCUAACCAACCGCUACAAGGGCAAGACCGUCAUGACCCAGGAAGAGCGAUACGAGUCCCUGCGACACUGCAAGUGGGUCGAUGAGGUCAUUCCUGAUGCACCCUGGGUUCUCACACAGGAGUUUAUUGAUAAGUAUCAGAUUGACUAUGUUGCUCAUGAUGCGCUGCCUUAUGCCGAUACUAGCGGAGCAGCAAAUGAUGUCUAUGAAUUUGUUAAAAAGAUUGGAAAGUUCAAGGAAACAAAAAGGACAGACGGGGUUUCUACUUCAGAUCUCAUAAUGAGGAUAUUGAAGGACUAUAAUCAAUAUGUCAUGAGGAAUUUAGCACGGGGCUACUCCAGGAAGGAUCUUGGUGUGAGCUAUGUCAAGGAGAAACAAUUGCAAGUUAAUAUGAAGAUCAAUAAACUGCGGGAGACUGUGAAGGCGCAUCAGGAAAAGUUGCAAAUAGUGGCAAAGACUGCUGGUUUGAAUCAUGAAGAAUGGCUUGCUAAUGCGGAUCGCUGGGUUGCUGGUUUCCUGGAGAAGUUUGAGCAACACUGCCACAACAUGGAAACUGCCAUCAAGGAUCGGAUACAAGAGAGGCUGGGGAGACAGUUGAGCAAAGGAAUAAUCGCUGGUCUUGUGCAGGAACCGGUGACAGCCUAA